AUGAGCUCCAAGAACGCGUCGCUUGAGGGCUUACCAGAUGAGCUGGUGCAGGAGAUAAUCACACAUCUCGACGCCAUUCGCUCUUGCGACACGCUCUUCAGGUUCACCAAACACCAGAAAGACGUGGCGAUAGAGGCAAAUCGUCAAUCCGACAACCACAUCCGCAGGCUGGCCUUGUACAGUCUCUGUCUGACAUCUCGUUGUCUAAAGCGAAUGGCUACCCCAAUCCUGUACGCCUCGUUCAUAGGGACCGCCGCCGAGCAUGGAACCAAACCUCUCCAGUUGUUUCGCGAAAGAAUCUUAGACUCCUCUGACUCGGGUGAGGAACUCAACAAGUAUCUGAAGUACGUGGAGAUUCGACGCAUGGACAAGAAGUGCCAGAACGACAGCAUACCUCCGCACACCGUUGCACAACACUACCUUACCAUGCUAGCCGACGUUGUCAAACAGGCGGUCAACCUGCAACACUUGUCGAUCGAGAAUAUAGAAGACCAUGAGCGAUCCUUCUGGAGACACUUGGUCCCUGGACGGGAAACCACGCUUUCGCCUACGCCCAACCCAGGAGCCGAACAUGUUUUUAGCAAGCUUCAGACAUUGUGCGUCAAUACAACUCUCCAACACUACGGACUCCACGCCGAAACCAUUUCGUUUGAUCAGAUUUGCUCCGUGGUAUCGACGGCGCCCAUGCUCACCGACUUCCGAGCGCGUAGCGUCGUGGCACGACCGCCAGCAUCGAUGCCUCAGCUUGGCUUAUGGAAAACGCUGCAGCGCCUCGAGAUCACCGCAUGUCGUCUCGAGAUAGAGGCGGUAGCCAAGGAGGAGGCCUCGGACUCUGAUGUAGACGAAGAUUACGUAGAGAUGGUACCGCUCAAACCUCUCGGCACUCUUCGACCAUUCGAACGUUUGAGCAAGUUGGUCAUAUCUCAGAACUGCUUGCUCGGUGCUUCUACUCCGUACGCUGACUUUUCGAGGAACGCGCCUCCAAUAGCCGAGCUGCUAUCACCGUCUCUCACAAGCUUCACGAUGCUGAUUGGUGUUGAAAGCCAAUAUCGGGCGGGAUACAAGAGCUUGGAUACAUCGACUGUCCUUCGGGAUUUCGUCGCGGAAUGCGGGGCAUCUGAUCUGAGCUUGGAAGACGUGAGUUUCCAAGCUGAGUUUGAGUUGUCUGCGGCGCCCAAGACUACGAAGGCGUUCCUUGACAUUGGUGUGCGUUAUGAGCAAGUAUUAGAGCGGUACUGGGUCCACGAAGCCUUCAGGUAG